CGCGCCUCAAUCAUUCUGUGUUAUCGACACACAAGUACCCAUUUCACGUUCACACUCAUUACUCUCUCCAUAUUCACUCUUUUAAAAAUCUUAAAUCUAUCUUCAAGAAGAAAAAAAAAAGUUUAUCCUAAAGUGAAGCUUUACAAGAAUUUUGCAAUGUCGAAAGCGGUUUUGCUGGUGGCUCUCUGCUUCUUACCGGUCCUAGCCAUGGCGGCUCGACCGAACAAGAACCCGUUCGUCGUCAGAGGUCGUGUUUAUUGUGAUACUUGCCUUGCUGGUUUCGAAACUCCUGCCUCUACUUACAUCCCUGGUGCGGUGGUUAGACUGGAGUGCAAAGACAGGAAUACAAUGGACUUAACAUACACCCACGAGGCGAGAACUGACUCAACAGGAUCAUACAAGAUCUUAGUUAGCGAGGACCACGAGGAUCAGUUCUGUGAUACAAUGUUGGGUAGUAGCUCUCAAUUACGAUGCUCCAACGUCUCCCCUGGCCAUGACCGUGCCCGUGUGACCCUCACACGGUUCAACGGCAUCGCUUCAAACGAACGUUUCGCCAACAAUUUGGGAUUUCUAAGGGAUGCUGAACUACCAGGCUGUGCAGAGAUCAUGAAGCUAUACCAAGAAACCGAAACCGAGGACUAGUUUAUAUCACCUACAGCACAAGCCUUUCAUUCAGUAUGUUGUAUCAAGGUUCCUAUGACCUAUGGGACUGAAAUAUAAUAGCAGCUUGUUGUACUUACCGUCAUGGUUAUAUUACUUAAU